CCUUUAAAGAGCCACUGUCUUAGAUGCUAUUGAAUGCAAUGAAGAAGGGAGGUUUAAUAAUUGACGAGGUUACCAGCAACAGCAGACAACUGGACUUGAUGACCCAGGAGGUCCCUUCCACUCCUGUGUUCCUAUGUUCUAUGGCCCAUCCUCAAAGGUUUCUAACUGCACUCAGGUGCCCUGCUCUCUGCUGUGUAACCAAUGCUGCACCAACUAUAAAGCCCAUGCAAGGUCCUCCAGGAGAGCCUGGCCCCCGGGGGCCCCCGGGUCCGCCAGGAGUGCCAGGAUCCGACGGCACUGAUGGUGACAAAGGCCCGCCAGGCGCUGCUGGGACCCCGGGCUCCAAGGGGGAACCAGGCGUUCCAGGUCCGGAUGGGCCCCCCGGGAAGCCAGGCAUUGAUGGCCUGACUGGCGCAAAGGGGGAACCAGGGCCACUCGGGAGACCAGGGACUAAAGGCCAGCCUGGACUGCCAGGGCCACCGGGACUCCCCGGCCCUGGAUUGUCGGGACCUCCUGGGCCUGCGAGGGGGUUCAGGAUUGGACUUCCUGGUGUCGGAGUCUUGGGCCCUAAGGGUGAACCUGGACCUGAUGGACCACGAGGCCCCCCAGGUCUCCCUGGGAAACCUGGCCCCCCAGGACACAUCCAAGGGCUGGAAGGCAGUGCUGAUUUCUUGUGUCCAACCAACUGCCCGCCAGGGCCCAAAGGCCCCCAGGGACUUCAGGGACUGAAGGGACACAAAGGCCGCCCCGGUGCCCUCGGGGAAUCUGGCAGACAGGGCAGGCCGGGCCUCACGGGCGACAUGGGCAUUUCCGGAGAACAAGGCAUCCCCGGCCCUCCAGGUCCUCAGGGCCUGAGAGGUUACCCUGGUAUGACGGGAGCAAAGGGCCAGACGGGUCCCCGUGGCUAUAAAGGAAUGGUUGGGUCUAUCGGAGCUGCUGGCAGGCUGGGCAAGGAAGGCCCGAAGGGGCCACCUGGUGGAGCCGGCGAGAAGGGAGACAUCGGUGCCCGUGGCUUCAGGGGUCCCAGGGAGCAAUGGGGCCCAAAGGGGAUAAUGGACUCCCUGCUCGAUGGUAAGACGCACCCCCGGCAUCCCAGUGUGAAGGGGAACGCAGGGCAGCCCGGCCGCCCUGGGUCACCGGGCCACCGAGGAUUAGCCGGUUUGCCAGGCCAACCUGGGGCCAAAGGUGGCCCAGGAGUUAAGGGUGAACCAGGUGCCCGUGGCCUUCCAGGAAUCACCGGAGCCCCUGGGAAAAUUGGUGAACUUGGAGCUCCGGGUGAGCCAGGGCCACAAGGUGUCCCCGGGGUGAAGGGCGAUCGGGGAGAGCGGGGCCCGGUGGGUCCCCAGGGCCUCCAGGGGAAAGUGGGAUCGAAAGGUGAGCAAGGUCCUCCAGGGAUCCCAGGGCCACAGGGCCUACCAGGUGUCAAAGGAGACAAGGGCUCCCCAGGAAAAAUUGGAUCCAAAGGUGACAUCGGAGACCCUGGUGUGGAAGGCCUUCCCGGGGAGAAGGGGGAGAAGGGGGAGUCAGGCGAGCCAGGACCAAAGGGUCAGCAAGGUGUCCACGGUGAGCCUGGCUUUACUGGCCCCACUGGGGACGCAGGGUCACCUGGCGUGAGAGGUUACCCAGGACCCCCAGGCCCUCGAGGGCUCAACGGAGAGCGCGGUGUGCCAGGAAUGCCUGGGCAGCAAGGCGUGCUGGGCCGGGAUGCUGGGGACCAGCAUAUUGUUGACGUGGUCUUGAAGAUGCUGCAAGAGCAGCUGGCAGAGCUGGCAGUGAGCGCCAAGAGAGCAGCACUGGGCGGAGCAGGCGUGAUGGGGCCGCCUGGGCCCCCAGGUCCCCCUGGAUCACCUGGUGAACAAGGCCCACAUGGGCACGCUGGACCCCGCGGCAUCCCGGGUAUUCUAGGAGCCCCGGGGCAGAUCGGCAAUACCGGACCCAAAGGGAAACGAGGGGAGAAAGGAGAGCGUGGCGAGGUCGGGCGUGGACAUCAGGGUAUGCCGGGGCCUCCAGGCAUCCCAGGUCUCCCUGGCAUUUCUGGACAUGCCAUCAAUGGCAAAGAUGGAGAUCGAGGGUCCCCUGGAAUCCCUGGAGAAGCAGGCCGGCCUGGUUUACCUGGGCCUGCUGGUCUUCCUGGAUUCUGCGAGCUGGCUGCCUGCUUAGGAGCCUCUGCAUUCACCUCAGGGCGCCUGACCGAACCAGGCACCAUCAAGGGGCCUUCGUACUGAGCGACAUGUGCCAGCAGUCUUGGGGAAAAUGAAAACGGGAACUUUUAUAGACCAAGCUGGCAACACAUCAUCAAGACAUGGCCAGGCCGGGGCUGGGAACCAAAGAAAUGGGGAACUCCGAACACAUGAAAACAAGAUAGAUGAUACGCCUAUAUGCUUGGGUAUCAUAACAAUCCACGCUCUUCUGGUAUGAAGACGGCACUUGGCCAACCUGAGAAAACCCAAACAAGGGGAAUAAAAGGCACCAAUGGGGAUUUAAUUAUAAAUGCUCAGAUACCUUGGAUUGUGGCAGGGGAAAGAUCCAGAGGAACAAAGGAGUGGGGGGAGAAGGGGUGGUUUACGCCAAUAUUUUGUAUUUAGUAUUAGGGUCCAUUAAUUACCUCAUUAUGAUUUUCCACACCCUUCUAAAGUAAAUAAAUGGCCUUUUAUUAAUAUUCUCUUAUUCUUUGAUGUUAUAUUUGGAGGGGAGGAGGGUUUAUUGUUGUGUCUGUCCUUUUUUGGUGCUAUUUUUAAAAGACAAAAUAAUUGUGGUUUAAUAUUUAACUGAAUCGCCAGAUCAAUGUCAGGCGUGCCCCGAGCUGUAAAUCUUUGUAAAAUAGGAUUGUUUUAUAAAUAAGAAUGAAUAAAAAAGACCAACUUUUAAAAAAACAAAUGGACAAUAAAAUCAAGAUGGAACGUUAAUGAACUUAAUCAAUGCGUUGAUUUCUUUGAACAAAAUAGGGGUUUGUUGGUUUGUUUUUUAAACAAAACAAAACACAACUGUUUUGUUAUUACUGCUAUUUUAUUAUUAUUUUUGGUGGGUGCCUACAGGGUUAAAUACCAUCCCUGUUGAAAUUAUUCCAGCCUCUUGAUUAACUUCAUUAACAAGAGUUAUUUAUUUUGUGUGUGUUGGGGAGAUGGUGUGGCUCUUUUUGUGUGUGUGUGUGUGUGUGUGUGUGUGUGUGUGAGAGAGAGAGAGAGGUUGAGUUUCAGGAGCUGUCCAAGGUGCCGACCCAAAAGAGUCUCAAAUUCCAAGUGGCAAUACUGUUUAUAUUUGAUACCCUGUGUGUUAGACUGUAAUAAACUUGCACAGCUGUCCACAAAAUAAAGGUAAUUGAUGGAAUUAUUUUUUGUUGGAUUUAGAUGGGCAGAAGUUUAAUUUUUUUUGUUUCUAGUCCUAAUUUUCCCUGUUAUUAAGU